AUGUCUUUCCUCUUCGGUGGACGUCCUCAGGUCACGUCAGAGCAGAAGAUCGCUGCGGCAGAAACGGAGGUGGAAAUGGUCUCUGAUAUGUUCAACCGCCUGACCCAAUCCUGCACGAAAAAAUGCAUCCCCCCGGACUACCGCGAAGGCGAUCUCAACAAAGGCGAAUCCGUCUGCCUGGACCGCUGCGUCGCCAAGUUCUUUGAGGUCAACAUCAAGGUCAGCGAGAAGAUGCAGUCCGAGGCCGCCGGCAAACAGGGUGCUGGUAUGGGCUUUGGAAUGUAA